CUGCUCGGGGACGCGCCGAGCGAGGGGAAGGCGGAGGGAUUCCUUGGAGAAGUGGUGCGUCCUGGGGUGAAAACUGUGGAAGAGAGCUGACGUGCCCUCGGAGCCCCUGAGCAGAGAGCGGCUGGCAUGGGCCCCGAGCUGCCUGCACCUUGGCUGCUCCUCUUCACCUGGCUCCCAGCAGGGUGCCUGUCCUUGCUGGUGACCGUCCAGCACACGGAGCGCUAUGUCACCCUGUUUGCCUCUGUCGUCCUCAAAUGUGACUACACCACCUCCGCCCAGCUCCAGGAUGUGGUAGUGACGUGGCGCUUCAAGUCCUUCUGCAAGGACCCUAUCUUUGACUACUACUCUGCAUCUUACCAGGCAGCUUUAUCCCUGGGCCAGGACCCCUCCAAUGACUGCAAUGACAGCCAGCGGGAGGUUCGCAUCGUGGCUCAGAGGCGGGGGCAGAAUGAGCCCGUGCUGGGGGUGGAUUACCGGCAGCGCAAGAUCACCAUCCAGAACCGAGCAGACCUUGUGAUUAAUGAAGUGAUGUGGUGGGACCAUGGAGUGUAUUAUUGCACCAUUGAGGCUCCAGGGGACACAUCAGGAGACCCAGAUAAGGAGGUGAAGCUCAUUGUUCUGCACUGGCUGACAGUGAUCUUCAUCAUUCUGGGAGCCCUCCUCCUGCUCCUGCUGAUUGGAGUGUGCUGGUGCCAGUGCUGUCCUCAGUAUUGCUGCUGCUACAUCCGAUGCCCCUGCUGUCCUGCCCGUUGCUGCUGCCCCGAGGAAGCCCUGGCUCGCCACCGGUACAUGAAGCAGGCUCAGGCCCUAGGCCCUCAGAUGAUGGAAAAACCCCUAUACUGGGGGGCGGACAGGAGCUCCCAGGUUUCAUCUUAUCCAAUGAACCUGCUGCUGCAGCGAGAUUUGUCCCUGCGAUCCAGCCUCCCACAGAUGCCAAUGAGCCAGACCACUGCUCACCCUCCCAUCACCAAUGGUGUCCUAGAGUAUUUGGAGAAAGAGCUGCGGAACCUCAACCCAGCCCAGCCUCUGCCCCCUGACCUCAAAGCCAUAUCUGGCCAAGCCUGCAGCAUGCUGUCCUCCCUGGGCUCUGAGGUUGUGGAACGCAGAAUCAUCCACCUGCCUCCACUGAUCAGAGACCUGCCGUCCUCCCAGAGGACCAGCAACUCCUCCCACCAACAGUGGCUCACUCCAAUUCCCCCUGGACCCUGGGAUCUGAGGGAGGAGAGAAGGCAGCCCCACUACUCUGCUUUUCACCAGGAGCUCCAGGACCGGGAGCCUAAGCGCCGAGCAUUGGAAGGACGGGAGCCGAACCAACUUCAGAGGGGAAGGCGCCACUGCUCUGGGCUGCGUGGGUUACCCACGCCCUGGGCAGACAGGGACAGCCUCAGUGACGGCCCCUCGUCCAGUGAGGCCCGCUGGUGGCCCAACCACCUAUCUGCUCGGAGCCACUACUCAGGCCGACCUCACAGGCCUGGCCCCCGGGAGAAUGCCCAGAGGCCCCGGAGGCACAGGCCCCGCAGCUACUCCCCGCCCUUGCCUUCCGGCCUCAGUUCCUGGAGCUCUGAGGAGGAUGAGAAGGAGAGGCAGUCCCGGAGCUGGGGAACCCACCGCCGCAGCUCACACCCCUCACACUGGCCUGAGGAGAAGCCACCCAGCUACCGCUCGCUGGAUGUCAUGCCAGGCAAGAAUGGCAGGAAAAAAGGGAGUGUGGAGAGGCGCUCGGAGAGAGACAGCUCCCAUAGUGGAAGGAGUGUGGUCAUUUAGUCACCCGGCACAGCACUACUUCUUUGGCUACUUCUCAGCUCCGCAAGUCAUCAGCAUCACCUAGAUGUCCAGCUGACUUGGGACGGACUCUACCAAUCCGUUUCUAACAGUUCUGGCUUAGGUUCUGAGAAUAAAACAGAAGAAUAUUAAAAACAUGAGUUUGAGGGGUGCCUGAGUGG